AUGAAUACCCCAAAUUCUAUCUUCCCAGGACGCUGCCAGAUCAGCAUUUUCCAAUACAGAUGUCUCCACAACGGGCAAGAAAACAGCGCAAGAUGCAGGAAUCAUUACAACAAUGCGCCCUGUAUUCCCGAUGUGGUUUACACGGAAGAAGUCAAGGAUAGAGAUUGCGUAGAAUGUGUUAUGAGUAGAAGUGCCGGUUAUGCUUCCGACGAAAUCUACAUGAAUACUCCCCCGAACACUGCAACCAAAUCAGCGGGAGGCGAUGAUAAGACAGGAUUAAAGCGAUCCAGUUUGUCCAAUCAGAAAAAAUCUGCCAUUAAACGAAGAUCCACAUCAAGUGGAACAGGAGGAGAUAAGUUGGCGAGAAGCAAGGACAUCAAAUUCCACCAAGCUAUAAGUGAUGAAGUGAGGUAUAGAAGAGCCAUUGUCAAGUCUCGCAGUGAAGGUGGAUAUAGAACACCUAUGAGUACACCCACAAAGAUUUCCAAGAAGAUACCCAAGAGAUCGAGAAUGGGUGCAAAGGCACGGUUGAAGUCGAAGAUGGAGGCUGAAAUGACGGAUGAAAUGGAUGUGGAAAUGGAGAUGGCUGGAUAUGGAGAUAAGAAUGAUGUAGCUGAUCUAUCUCACAAGUUGAGCUCUCUUAGAUGCGAUUAA